CGAUAUAAUACUACAGAUAAAUCACAACCUGGCCCAUGUCGAAAAAUUGCCCCUAGUAUUUCUCCUCGGAUGUGAAAAUCAUCACCUCUGCUACUCCCGUCACCGCUGCUAGUCCACCACUAAAACCACCACUGCCACCAUCCUCACCACCACCACCACCACCUCCUCCCCUACCACUACUCUUACUACUGACGCCACCACCAUCACUAUUUGCUUCUUCUCUGCUGGAAAAGAACCCGGUUCCGUUGCCCUGGUCCCCUGGGUCUCUCUGUCCGUCUGUUCUUUUAUUCCGUACUAGAUUCCGGUGGUCUGCCGCCUGUGUCUCGUUUUGCUGCAUACCUGGGCUGCCUUGUUCGUUUUGGUUCCGCCCGUCCAAAUUCCCACUAAUCGGCACGAAUGCCUCCCACUGCAGUCUUCCCUUAACACGGUACCUUGACGCCCUUCUGUAUCCCGCGACGCGACCGAUCCCGAGCCUAGUCUGUCCCUGUUUCUUCAGCAGCCUCCCAUGUCGCAUAGCUAUGAUGUCGGGACGAGAGCUUGGCAGCCGGAUGCCACCGAGGGCUGGGUGGCCUCGGAGGUUGUCAAGAGGACCGUCGAUGGUGACAAGGUGAUCCUCGAGUUCAAGCUCGAGAACGAAGAGACCAAGACGGUGACGCUCUCCGCAGCCGCCCUGCAGAAUGCCAACGACCCGUCCUUACCUCCGUUGAUGAACCCUUCGAUGCUUGAAGCCAGCGAUGAUUUAACAAACCUGUCCCACUUGAACGAGCCUGCUGUACUCCAGGCUAUUCGCCUGCGAUACAUGCAAAAGGAGAUUUACACGUACAGCGGCAUAGUCCUGAUCGCCACGAAUCCUUUCGCCCGAGUCGAUUCCCUCUAUGUCCCCGGCAUGGUCCAGGUGUAUGCUGGCAAGCAGAGGGAGACGCAGGCACCCCAUCUGUUUGCCAUCGCCGAGGAAGCCUUCAUAAAAAUGAUAAAGGAUAAGAGGAACCAAACGGUUGUCGUCUCGGGAGAGUCUGGCGCGGGGAAGACUGUUAGUGCUAAAUACAUCAUGAGAUACUUUGCCACUAGAGAAUCCCCAGACAACCCCGGCGGGCGGGUGAAGAAGGGGUCCGAGACGAUGAGUGAGACGGAAGAACAGAUUUUGGCAACCAACCCUAUCAUGGAAGCUUUCGGAAACGCCAAGACGACGCGAAACGACAACUCUUCGAGAUUCGGAAAGUACAUAGAAAUUAUGUUCGACGAAAAGACGAACAUCAUCGGUGCCAGGAUUCGGACCUACCUCCUCGAACGGUCGAGACUCGUCUUUCAACCCUUAAAAGAGAGGAAUUACCACAUCUUCUACCAGUUCUUGGCCGGAGCAACGGACAAGGAGCGCCAGGAUCUCGGCUUGCUACCGAUCGAGCAGUUUGACUAUCUUAACCAGGGUAAUUCUCCUACGAUCGAUGGCGUCGACGACAAGGCCGAAUUUCUCGCCACCAAGAGCUCCCUAAAGACGAUCGGCGUCGACGAGGCCCAGCAGUCGGGCAUCUUCAACCUCCUCGCCGGUUUGCUGCACCUGGGUAACGUUAAGAUCGGCGCUUCUAGGAGCGACAGCGUGCUGCAACCCACGGAGCCCUCGCUGGAGCGUGCGUGUAGUAUCUUGGGAAUCGAUGCUACGAACUUCUCAAAGUGGAUCGUGAAGAAGCAGCUCGUUACCCGUGGCGAGAAGAUCGUCUCCAACUUAACGCAGCAGCAGGCUAUUGUCGUGCGAGACUCGGUUGCCAAGUACAUUUAUUCGAGUCUCUUCGACUGGUUGGUGGAAAUCAUCAACCGAAGUCUUGCCACCGAAGAAGUGCUCGGCCGCGUAUCGUCGUUCAUCGGCGUGCUCGAUAUCUACGGUUUCGAGCACUUCGCCAAGAACUCAUUUGAGCAGUUCUGUAUUAACUACGCCAACGAGAAAUUGCAACAGCAAUUCAACUCCCACGUGUUUAGGCUCGAACAGGAGGAGUAUGUCCGUGAGCAGAUAGACUGGACCUUCAUCGAGUUCUCCGACAACCAGCCGUGUAUCGACUUGAUCGAAGGUAAACUGGGUAUCCUGUCGCUCCUCGACGAGGAGUCCAGGUUGCCCAUGGGCGCGGAUGAGCAGUUCGUUACGAAGCUUCAUCACCACUUCUGCGAUGACAAGAACAAAUUUUAUAAGAGGCCCCGAUUUGGCAAAUCUUCCUUCACCGUCUGCCAUUAUGCCGUCGAUGUCACCUACGAGUCGGAAGGUUUCAUUGAGAAGAAUAGGGAUACGGUGCCUGACGAGCACAUGGAGAUUCUCCGAGCCACGACGAACAAGUUCCUCGGGAAAGUCCUCGCUGCCGCGUUGGCUGUUCGCGAGAAGGACCUGGCCUCGACCGGGUCCGCUGUUGCCAGACCCGCAGCGGGGAGGAAAAUAGGAGUCGCCGUGAACCGCAAGCCAACCCUCGGCGGCAUAUUCCGCUCCUCGUUGAUCGAACUGAUGAAUACCAUCGGCAACACCAAUGUUCACUACAUCCGUUGCAUCAAGCCAAACGAGGCUAAGGUCGCGUGGAAAUUCGAAGGACCUAUGGUUCUCAGCCAGCUGAGAGCUUGCGGUGUUCUCGAGACCAUCCGCAUCAGCUGCGCUGGUUACCCGGGACGUUGGACCUACGAAGAGUUUGCCUUGCGAUACUAUCUGCUGAUCCCGUCUAGCCGAUGGCAGACGGAGAUUCGGCAGCUCGUGAAAGAGAUUCUCGCCCGGGCCCUCGGUUCCAAUACCGGCACCGGGACCGACAGCUACCAACUAGGUUUGACCAAGAUAUUUUUCCGUGCCGGUAUGCUGGCGAACCUCGAGAACUUGCGCCAGAACCGGAUGAGCGAGGCUGCCAUCCUGAUCCAGAAGAACCUCAAAGCCAAGUACUAUCGACGCAAGUAUCUCGAGGCGCGGGAAUCUAUCAUUGCUUUCCAGUCUCUCGCCAGGGCUAACGUGACCCGCGUGAAGGCCCAAGAGCUGCGCACGGUCAAGGCCGCAACGACAAUCCAGAGAGUCUGGAAGGGACAGAAACAGCGGAAAGUGUUCGUGCAGAUUCGCAACAGCGUCAUCCUCGUCCAGGCUGUCGCCAAGGGCUACCUGCGGAGGAAAGAGAUUAUGGAGACUCGCGUGGGCAAUGCUGUUGUGCUCAUCCAGCGCGUAUGGCGAUCGAGGAGACAGGUCCGCGCGUGGAGAAACUACCGCAAGAAAGUGGUCCUGGUCCAGAGCCUGUGGCGCGGAAGGGUGGCGCGCAGGGACUACAAGAAGGUCCGCGAGGAAGCUCGCGACUUGAAGCAGAUUUCCUACAGGCUGGAAAACAAGGUCGUCGAACUCACCCAGUCCUUGGGCACCAUGAAGACCCAGAACAAGAGUCUUCAGAGCCAGGUAGAGAACUACGAGAGCCAGAUCAAGUCGUGGAAGAGCCGACACAAUGCCCUCGAGACCCGGACGAAGGAGCUUCAGGCGGAAGCCAACCAAGCCGGUAUCGCCGUCGCCAAGUUACAAGCUAUGGAGGAGGAGAUGAAGAAGCUGCAACACAACUUCGACGAGUCUACGUCGAGCGUCAAACGGAUGCAGGAGGAGGAACGCGAGCUGAAGGAAUCUCUACGCACCGCAAACGCCGAAUUGGAACGCAUCCGGCGCGAGAGCACGCUUCACGAGAACGAGAAGAUGACGCUGCGGGAGCAGCUGGCGCAGAUGGCCGAGGAGCUCGAGCUGGCCAAGCGAACGGGCGCCCUCAACGGCGAGCUUACCAACGGCAACGGCGUCAACGCCCCUUCCAACGGCCUCAUCAACUUGGUGGCGUCCAAGAAACCGAAGCGCCGGAGCGCGGGCGCGGAGCCCAGCGCGAUAGACCGUUUCAGCGCCGCCUACAAUCCGCGACCCGUCUCGAUGGCCGUUACCAGCGGCGCGAACCGGUCCAGCGUCACUUACGUCCCAGGCCCGGACACCAUCGAGAUGGAACUGGAAGGCCUACUUGCCGACGAGGCUGGCCUGAACGAGGAGGUGACGAUGGGCCUCAUCAAGAACUUGAAGAUUCCGUCGCCCAACACCAACCCGCCGCCUUCGGACAAGGAAGUUCUCUUCCCAUCCUAUCUCAUUAACCUCGUCACAUCCGAGAUGUGGAAUAACGGGUUCGUGAAGGAGUCGGAGAGAUUCCUGGCCAACGUCAUGUCGUCGAUCCAGCAAGAGGUCAUGCAUUAUGAGGGAGACGACGCCGUCAAUCCCGGCGCCUUCUGGCUGUCCAACGUACACGAGAUGCUCUCGUUCGUAUUCCUUGCCGAGGAUUGGUACGAGGCCCAGAAGACGGACAAUUUCGAGUACGACCGGCUCUUGGAGAUUGUCAAGCAUGACCUCGAAAGCUUGGAAUUCAACAUAUACCACACGUGGAUGAAGAUCCUCAAGAAGAAGCUGGCAAAGAUGGUCAUCCCAGCUAUCAUCGAAUCCCAGUCGCUGCCCGGCUUCGUCACGAACGACAACAACAGAUUCCUCGGCAAGUUGUUGGCUUCGAACUCGACGCCCGCGUACAACAUGGAUAACCUGCUGAGCCUCUUGAACAACGUAUUCAGAGCUAUGAAGGCGUACUAUCUAGAGGAUACCAUCAUCACCCAGACCGUUACCGAACUCCUUCGGUUGGUGGGCGUCACCGCGUUCAACGACCUACUCAUGCGCAGGAACUUCCUCUCGUGGAAACGAGGCCUGCAGAUCAACUACAACAUCACUCGUAUCGAGGAGUGGUGCAAGAGCCACGACAUGCCUGAAGGCACCCUGCAGCUCGAGCAUCUCAUGCAAGCAACCAAACUCCUGCAGCUAAAGAAGGCGACCCUGAACGAUAUCGAGAUCAUUCAAGAUAUCUGCUGGAUGCUCUCCCCCAACCAAAUCCAGAAGCUUCUGAACCAGUAUCUCGUGGCGGACUACGAACAGCCGAUCAACGGAGAUAUCAUGAAGGCUGUGGCGUCUAGGGUAACGGAGAAGACGGACGUCCUGCUACUGCCGGCCGUAGACAUGGAUGACAGUGGCCCAUACGAGAUCGCAGAACCCCGGGCGAUUACGGCGCUGGAGACGUACACCCCGUCGUGGCUGCAAACGCCUCGCCUGAAGAGGUUGGCCGAGAUAGUCUCUGCUCAGGCCAUCGCUCAGCAGGAGAGGAUGGAAGAUGACGAGUACGAGAACGGCGGCGACCUCAUGGAGGAGGACGAAGUUGGCGUCGAGGGCGAGUAGAGCCGGGAUUGUCGACGGUAACUCGGCAUCGAUCUGGGUUGCCUGACUUGUCUUGUAAAUGAUGAAUGGUACUAUGAGACUAUGACGGGUUCUGUGGCACAUUACGAGCUAUGAAUGGUUGUUUUUUUUUUAAUCAAAACAUCAAAGACCAGCAGGUUCCGAGUGCCGCGGGCAGAAGCACCAGGGGCAUCGCAAGGUUGAGGCGAGCUCGAGGGAUAGUACAGACUUAAUGGACAAUAGGGCAUGAUGACUGAACUAGAAGGCUCAUACGAACUACGGACCAGGCGUCUGACGCUACCUUUUUGUUUAGACUCGGCCGUCCGGGACCAAGAGCAGAGAGGGGAGGGGUGGGGGGAGAGCGUACUCGGGAGAAAAGACGAGACAUACUGUAUAGCAUCUAGCUGAGGUGUAUGAGCCGAACAUGCAAGAUUUGUUGUGAGGAGGUUGUAGUUAGCACUCCCUGUCUUUCUCUCAUGUACUUGAAUUUCGAGGCGAACUUCGGGUAUAGAGAGUAGAGCCAGUUCUCGCGUGUUACAUAAUUUUUUUUUAUUUUUGUGGCA